UCCUGUCGUCUUUCACCCACUUUUCGUCUUGCCGAUUGUAUACUACUUGGACUAUCUCGAUUGUACUCGGACUCUCAUCGCAUUUGACGCCUGCUAUGGACCGCCUCUUCCUCAGCAAAGACAGCUUUCUCUAUGACUUUCCGCCGGCUGUCGCUUUGCUUGGGAAAAACCAUGACCGAGCAGUCGCCAAGCUGACGCCAUACCUCGAGGAUGGCUCACUAUCUCAGAGGGACUUCGAUAGCACCCUAAACCUGGUCGACACCGUAAUGGACCAGCGUCUUAGUCGGACGAACAGAAUCCUCCACUACGCCGGAUUCUGUGCAGUCAGCAUGCUUGCUACGAACAGAAUGCUAUCGCGGCGACGACAUCAGCAAUCGUACACGUCUCUGAGUGGACUGAGUGGCCUGAUUCGUCUGAUUUGUCUGAGUGCCGCGAUUUUCAGGCCCGUUCAGACCAAAUACAGGUGCAGAUAUAAUUUCUCAGACCAAUUAGCUGCCUGCUAACCAGGUUCGUCUGGCGCUGGUCUGACUCUGAUCUGAAUCGAGUCUGAUAGACAGCUACUAGUUAUGUGCGGUAUAGUAGAAGUACAGAAGGUCUUCGCUAUGC